AUGGCAGGCAAAAAAAGUCCUCGAAAAAGUACGAUCAAUCAUAGUACACAUUCUGGUAAACUGCCAGCAAAUAUUAAAAGGCUCAUAAAAAAGGGCGAAUCCGAUACAAAGUCCAGGCAAUCACCACCCACACUGAGUACAACGAGGCCAAGAAGAUUUAGCCUUAUAUACUCUUCUGAGUCAUCCUUGAGUGACGUAUCUGAUUCUGAUAAAAACAAAAGUACAAACCCACAUAAAAUUAAAAGAAAAGCAAAGAACAUUUCAAAUAAUUCCCAAGGAAAAAAAAGUAAACUUAUACAAAGGCAAAUAGACAAUGACGACGAGGGCACAGAGUCAUCCGAUUACCAAGCUGUAACAGAUGGCGAAGAGAGUGAAAAUGAAGAAGAAGAGAGUGAAGAAGAAGAAGAAGAUGAUGACGAAGACGACGACGACGAUGAUGAUGACGGAAGUGAUAGUGAUAGUGAUAGCGAAACAAGUUCUGAUGACGAGAAUAUAGAUUUUGUCAAACUGACGGCCCAAAGAAAGAAAAGAGCCAUGAAAGCUUUAUCUGCCAUGAAUACAAAUAGCAAUACACUCUAUUCCUCUCGUGAGAACAGUAACAAAAAUAAAUCAGUUAAACUAUCCCCUAAGAAAGAAAAUGAAGAAGAGCAGAAAGAAGAAAAAGAAAAAGAGAAAGAAGAGCAACAAAAACAACAAGAAUCAAACAAAAAAGAAGUAAACGGUUCAGGCACUACUACUACACAACAGGCGCUAUCGUUUAAAUUCAAAAAAGAGGACGACGGCAUUAGUUUUGGUAAUGGUAAUGAAGGCUAUAACGAGGAUAUAGGUGAAGAAGUCUUGGAUUUAAAAAACAAAGAGAACAAUGGUAAUGAAGAAGAUAAACUGGAUUCUAAGGUGAUGUUAGGUAACAACGAUGAGUUACGAUUUCCCAAUAUUUCAGAGUCAGAUGAAUCUGAAUAUGAUAUUGACCAGGAUGCGUACUUUGACGUGAUUAACAAUGAAGAUUCUCAUGGAGAAAUUGGUACAGAUCUUGAAACGGGGGAAGACGAUCUUCCCAUAUUGGAAGAAGAAGAACAAAACAUUGUUUCUGAGCUACAAAAUGACGACGAACUCUCAUUCGAUGGUAGUAUACACGAAGAAGGGUCUGAUCCUGUAGAAGAUGCUGAAAAUAAAUUUUUGCAAAAUGAAUACAAUCAAGAAAACGGAUAUGAUGAAGAAGAUGACGAAGAAGAUGAAAUAAUGUCUGAUUUUGAUAUGCCGUUUUAUGAAGAUCCUAAAUUUGCAAAUCUUUAUUAUUAUGGCGAUGGUUCAGAGCCAAAGCUAUCCUUGAGUACAUCUUUACCGUUAAUGCUAAAUGAUGAAAAACUAUCUAAACUAAAAAAGAAAGAGGCCAAAAAACGGGAACAGGAAGAAAGGAAACAAAGACGAAAGCUCUAUAAAAAGACGCAAAAACCUAGUACGAGAACAACCUCCAAUGUGGACAAUGAUGAGUAUAUUUUCAAUGUUUUUUUUCAAUCAGAUGAUGAAAAUAGUGGCCAUAAGAGCAAGAAAGGCAGGCAUAAAUCGGGCAAAAGUCAUAUUGAACAUAAGAAUAAAGGCUCGAAUUUGAUAAAAUCCAAUGAUGAUCUGGAACCAUCCACUCAUAGUACGGUCCUGAAUUCCGGGAAAUAUGAUUCUUCUGACGAUGAAUAUGAUAACAUUUUGUUGGAUGUUGCCCAUAUGCCUUCAGAUGAUGAAUGCAGUGAAUCUGAAACGUCCCACGAUGCUGACACGGAUGAAGAAUUGAGGGCACUAGAUUCAGAUAGCUUAGACAUUGGCACAGAACUGGACGACGAUUACGAAGACGACGACGAUGAUUCCAGCGUGACAAAUGUGUUCAUAGACAUCGAUGAUUUAGAUCCAGACUCUUUUUACUUUCAUUACGACAGCGAUGGAUCUUCCUCUUUGAUAAGUUCUAACUCAGACAAAGAAAAUUCUGAUGGAUCCAAAGAUUGCAAACAUGAUCUCUUAGAGACUGUUGUGUACGUUGAUGACGAAUCCACAGAUGAAGAUGAUAACCUACCGCCCCCAAGUUCAAGGUCAAAAAACAUUGGCUCAAAAGCAAAGGAAAUCGUAAGUUCAAAUGUUGUUGGAUUACGUCCACCAAAAUUGGGUACUUGGGAGACGGACAACAAACCUUUUAGUAUUAUUGAUGGUCUGUCUACUAAAUCAUUAUACGCCUUAAUCCAAGAACAUCAACAGCUUCGCGAGCAACAUCAAAGGGCUCAAACCCCAGAUGUUAAAAGAGAGGGAAGCUCUAAUGGCAAUAACGGUGACGAAUUGACACUCAAUGAGCUGCUAAACAUGAGUGAAUUGGAGGAUGAUUCACCAUCCCACACAGACGAUAUGGAGAACAAUUACAAUGAUGCAAUUAAUAGCAAAAGCACAAAUGGCCAUGCUGCAGAUUGGUAUGAAGUUCCUAAGGUUCCAUUAUCUGCAUUUAGAAAUAAGGGUAUUAAUGCCUAUGAAGAAGAUGAGUACAUGAUACCAGCAAAUUCUAACAGAAAAGUUCCCAUUGGCUAUAUUGGUAAUGAAAGAACAAGAAAGAAGAUUGAUAAGAUGAAAGAGCUACAACGGAAAAAAACUGAAAAAAAAAGGCAGUUAAAGAAAAAAAAGAAGCUUCUUAAAAUAAGAAAGCAAAGACAAAAGGCAAUAAAGGAGCAAGAAACUAUGAAUUUACAAUUGGGAAUCAAUGGCCAUGAGAUCAUCGGUAACAAUAACAGCCAUAGCGACAUAAAUACCGGUACCGAUUUUACAACCAAUGAAAAUACCCCUAUGAAUGAACUUCCCUCUCACGCACCUGAAGAUGCGUCAUUAAUACCUCAUAAUUCUGAUCUUGCCGUGGACAGCAAUACAAGGAAAAAUUCAACAAAAAGUGUUGGUUUAGAUGAAAUUCAUGAGAUUUUGGGCAAAGAUGAAAAUGACUUACUGUCUGUAGGUGAUAUUAACGGUUAUGAUGCACAAGAAGGUCAUGUGAUCGAAGAUACUGACGCCGAUAUCCUAGCAUCGUUAACCGCUCCUGUGCAAUUCGACAAUACAUUAAGCCAUGAAAAUAGUAAUUCCAUGUGGAGAAGAAGGCAAAGUAUGGUGGAAGCAGCGGCUGAAAAUCUUCGUUUCACUAAAAAUGGUUUAUUUAGUGAGAGUGCAUUGGCAGAUAUCGAAGGAAUUAUGGGCAAUGAUGUUAACCAUUCAUUCGAAUUCAAUGACGUCUUACAAUGA